CAUUCCAAAAGCACUUGAACUUGCUUUAUCUCUUUUCAUAGAGGUUUUUUUUGAGCUACAGAAUUUCAUUAGUAUUUAUGUUCCAACAACACAUCCAAGGAGGUCCCCAUUGUAUUUGCCUAUCAUUCUAAUAAGCAAAAGCUAUAAUGGAUGAUCAACGGAGGAGUUGUUUGUGUUGUGCUAUUGUUCUGGUUUUAACAUCUCUCAUGUGUUCCUCCUCCUUCCACUUGGUGAAUGCCCAGCCUAUGGAUUAUCCAAUUGCCACUGUGUCCACUUCAUGGACCCUUAACGAUUCCCUACGGGUCUUCAAAGCUUCGGACUUUUUAUGGAGACCAAUCCUUUUUCGAAGAGGCCUUCGAUCGCGUUUUUCUCUCGUCUUCUGCUGCGAUUUUGCGUACACUGCCUGCAUCGUUGGUGUCCUCAUCCAAAAACAAACUUCCUUUCAACAAGAUGACAUAACUGAUGCCCCGCAACUAGUUUGGUCGGCUAACAGAAACCAUCCUGUAAAACUUAACGCAACCUUGCAACUCACUCAGCAUGGAAACUUGACUUUGGCAGACUCGGAUGGCACUUAUGUCUGGUCUACAAACACUGGCGGAGGAAAUCACUCUGUCCCAGGCUUAAACUUGACUGAAGAUGGAAAUCUGGUCCUCUUUGAUCGAAACAAUGCAAUGGUUUGGCAGUCUUUCCAUCACCCAACUGACUCCUUACUUCCUGGGCAGAUGUUGGUUGAUGGGCAGAAGAUAACUUCCAGCACAUCUGCAUCAAACUGGAGUCGAGGUUUGUAUUCACUUGCUGUUCAAUCUUCUCCUUAUCAAUACUAUCUGUCAGCUUAUGUAGAAUCCAAUCCACCCCGGUUCUAUUUUGAAUCAACGUAUGAUGUCAAAUCCGAGAAUCAAAGCUUCAACUGGCAGCGAAUCCCUGUUUUAUCAUCAUCAUCAGCUCAGUUCAUAAGGUUGGAUCCUGAUGGGCAUUUGAAGGCUUAUGAGUGGGGAAGAUCGAAUUGGAAUGGGGUGGCUGAUCUGCUGACUUCAGAUAUUGGUGACUGUGGUUAUCCGAUGGCGUGUGGCAAUUACGGCAUUUGUUCUUCAAAUGGGCAGUGCGCCUGUCCUGACGAUGCCAAUAGUGAAACAAGCACUUUCAGGCAAAUAAGUCAUAGGCAACCCAACCAUGGAUGUUCCCUUGUUACACCCAUUUCUUGUGACCAUUCUCAAUAUCACACCCUUUUGGAGCUUAAGCAAACUAGUUACUUAUACCCAAACUCGCUACCCACAAGCGAAUACUACUUGGGUGGACAAGGUGGACAAACAGGGUUAGAGGAUUGCAAAAAGAGUUGCUUGAAAAACUGUUCAUGCAAAGCUGCUUUCUUUGCAUAUGAUUUGAAUGCUUGCUUUUUACUGUCGGAAGUGUUUUCUCUCAUAACUAAGAGCGGAAGGGAUGAGAUAUUUCUUAAAGUACAGAAAUCUCCAACUGCACAAUAUCAUAUUCCUUCACCAACAAAUUCUCCUCAAAAGAAAUCAGGACAAGUCACGAUGAUAUUGGGUUCCAGUUUCGGAGCUUUCUUCGGUGUAUUUUUUGUGGUUGCCUCUUGCAUUUUCCUUUUCAAAAAGAAACGAGAGUUUGAGGAUUUUGAUGAGUUCUUUAUGGAUCAAGUACCAGGGAUGCCUACCAGAUUCUCUUACGAAGAAUUGAGAGCCAUGACAAACAAUUUCAAUCAUAAGCUCGGGGAAGGAGGAUUUGGGUCAGUGUUUCAAGGGACAUUAAGCGAUAGCACUAAUGUAGCAGUGAAGCGCCUCAAUGGUUUUGGUCAAGUUAAGAAGUCAUUCUUAGCUGAAGUUGAGACAAUAGGCAGCAUUCACCAUGUUAAUUUGGUGAGAUUAAUUGGAUUUUGUGCUGAAAAAUCAUAUCGGCUUCUAGUUUAUGAGUACAUGUUCAAUGGAUCCUUGGAUAAAUGGAUCUUCCAAAGGCACCAAGAGCUCACACUUGGGUGGCAAUCCAGAAGAAAGAUCAUCAUGGAUAUAGCCAAGGGUCUAGCCUAUCUCCAUGAAGAUUGCAGACAAAAAAUAUUUCACUUGGAUAUCAAACCCCAAAACAUCCUCUUAGAUGAAUACUGCAAUGCGAAAAUUUCUGAUUUUGGAUUGUCAAAACUAAUUGAUAAGGACCAAAGCCAAGUUGUAACAACUUUGAGGGGAACACCAGGCUAUUUGGCUCCCGAAUGGUUGAACUCAAUUAUCACCGAGAAAGUAGAUGUCUAUAGCUUUGGUGUCGUGGUCUUGGAAAUGUUGUGUGGGCGGAAAAAUUUGGACAGGUCUCAGCCUGAAGAAGAUAUGCAUUUUAUGAAUGUGAGAGAGAAAGAGGGAAUGUUGAUUAACGGAACAGAGACAACGACUGAGGCUGUAUUUUAA